UAGGAGGAUAACCAUGAAUAACACCUAUCACCAAAAUGACAGACUAAAUGAUCAAUAUGGAGACAUCAUUUCUAAUUAAAUAUAAAGCACAGCAUCUUAAAACACUGAUGGAGUAGCUCUGACAGUCAGUGGAUUCAAAACCUUUAGAUAAAACCAUUUCUCAUUGUUUCACCCAUUGUUGGGUCAAAUAUGCCCUGUAAAACAUUAAAGCAGUUCUGUCGAAGUGUGGCUAAAGUUUUCACGUGCUCAAAUUCGAAUAAGAAGCCUAAUGAUUAGACUAAAGCUGUUUCAUUUCGCUCUUUCCUGAUUUAGCCACUUGGCGUUAAUCUCUCAGAAAGGUAUAAAACCACAAAGGUCACCAUGAGAAACACAGAUGACCGGUGAUUUGUUUGGUGCCUCGAUAGAGAUCAGCUUUGCUUCGGUCUCACCUCCCUAUUAGUAAGAUUAAUUCUGUGUGAGGAUGAACGGCACGGAGGGGCAAAACUUUUACAUCCCGAUGUCCAAUAGGACAGGGCUCGUGCGGAGCCCAUUCGAGUACACGCAGUAUUAUUUGGCUGAGCCGUGGCAAUUCAAACUACUGGCGGUUUAUAUGUUUUUUCUCAUCUGUUUAGGCUUUCCUAUCAACGGUUUGACGUUGUUUGUCACAUUUCAGAACAAAAAGCUCAGGCAGCCCUUAAACUUUAUUUUGGUUAAUCUUGCUGUGGCUGGAAUGAUAAUGGUCUGCUUUGGAUUUACCAUCACGAUUUCCUCGGCUGUUAAUGGUUACUUUGUGUUUGGACCUAUGGGAUGUGCUAUCGAGGGCUUCAUGGCCACGCUUGGGGGUCAAGUUGCUCUUUGGUCAUUGGUGGUGCUCGCCAUUGAAAGGUAUAUUGUUGUUUGCAAGCCCAUGGGUAGCUUCAAAUUUACAUCUUCACAUGCUUUGGGAGGCAUUGCCUUUACUUGGAUCAUGGCAGCUAGCUGCGCUGUUCCCCCACUUAUUGGAUGGUCCAGGUAUAUUCCUGAGGGAAUACAGUGCUCAUGUGGACCAGAUUAUUACACAUUAAACCCCGAAUACAGCAAUGAAUCAUAUGUUAUAUACAUGUUUGUUUGCCAUUUCUUUGUCCCUGUCACUAUAAUAUUCUUCACGUAUGGAAAUCUAGUUUGCACCGUAAAAGCGGCUGCAGCUCAACAGCAAGACUCGGCAUCCACUCAAAAGGCAGAGAAAGAAGUGACACGUAUGGUCAUCCUGAUGGUUUUGGGUUUCUUGGUGGCAUGGACUCCUUAUGCUAGUGUGGCAGCUUGGAUUUUCUUUAAUAAGGGAGCGGCUUUCAGUGCCCAGUUCAUGGCAGUCCCUGCAUUUUUCUCGAAAAGCUCCUCAAUAUUCAACCCAAUCAUCUAUGUGCUGCUAAACAAACAGUUCAGGAGCUGCAUGCUGACAACCCUUUUCUGUGGCAAGAACCCGCUUGGUGAUGAUGAGUCCUCAGCCGUUUCAACAAGCAAAACAGAGGUGUCCUCAGUUUCGCCAGCAUGACCAAAAAAUUGCCUACAUACCCGGCUCUCCCAUACUUCUGAAGAAUUUUCACUCAUUUCUAUGCUGAAUUUUUCGAUAAUGCACAUAUGUAUUUUUUAUCCACAUUUAUUUUUCAUUAUUCCUUCUGAUUGCACAUUGUUAUGUAAGUGUACAGUCAGGAAACUCAGGGGUUAACUGAAACAACCAACAGGAUUAUAAGAUAAAGACAUUGACUUCUCAGUGAGCAAACACAACAAGAUGAAGAUAAGAGGAAGAUCUGCUUAAGCCGAUCUGUAAAGGUGCUCACUGUAUUGAACACUAAACUAGCUUUUCUGGCUUAAGAAAUCAUGUGUUUAAAGCAAUUGCUGCUUGUCUUAUAAAUGGUGAUGGAUGUUCAGACACUGUAAUCAAGCUAUGAGUCAUUUUCUGUAUAUACUUUGUAUAUAAUAAAAAUGUGGAGAGGCAAAUAGUUUAAUAAACAAUUGCAUGAAAAGCUGCUUGUGGGCUUUCCAUUUAUUACACUACAUUUACAUAUCUCAUUCCCCACACUGAUAUUUAUUCUAACACAUCAAAGCACCAAUUUCUAUAUAAAUUGUGGGAAACAAAACAAUACAGAAUCCUAUAUAAGAGGGGCAAUCGUGCUACGCCUAAAAUAAAAAAUGCUUAAAUUGUUUUCUCCAUAGCUGUCUAGAACCUAAAUUG